CAGAAACGGGCGGCUCCCGCUCUCGGCUCCAGUGGGGUCUCUCGCGGUCGCCGCUGCGGAUUUGUUGAUCUCGCCGGCGGCGGUGCUCGCCUGACUUCCAUCGAAUAGCAGGUGUUUGCUAAUCGUGCUGAAGCUUGUGGCCAUUUUCUGCAAAACUGGGCAUCUUGGUAGCUACACUCAUAAGCGUCCAACAGAUGGUGAGCGCCUUGGCAGGGGUGAUGACCUCUGUCAUCGGCAAGCUCACCACCCUGCUUGGGGAGGAGUACGCAAAGCUGAAAGGUGUGCACAGGGAGGUGGAGUUCAUGAAAGAUGAGCUGAGCAGCAUGAACGCGCUCCUUCAGAGGCUGGCAGAGGUGGACCGUGAUCUUGAUGUGCAGACAAAGGAAUGGAGGGACCAAGUCCGGGAGAUGUCUUAUGAUAUUGAGGAUUGCAUAGACGACUUUAUGAAAAGCCUUGGCCAAACUGACAUUGCUAAGAGAGCAGGGCUUGUCCAAAAUGUGAUCCAGCAGCUCAAGGCACUGAGGGGGCGCCAUCAAAUAUCCAGCCAAAUCCAGGGGCUCAAGGCACGUGUUGAAGAUGCAAGCAAGCGACGUAUGAGGUAUAAGCUCGAUGAGCGCACCUUUGAGCAUCGCAUCUCAAGGGCCAUUGACCCUCGUCUUCCUUCGCUCUAUGCUGAGCCAGACGGGCUCGUCGGUAUUGACAAGCCAAGAGACGAGCUCAUCAAGUGCCUAAUGGAGGGGGGGGUGGGUGCAUUGGUGCAGCAGCAAAAGGUGAUAUCAAUUGUGGGUUCUGGGGGCCUCGCUUUUGUUUCUUUGUCGCAGCAGCCUGAUGUGAAGAAGAUCCUAAGAAGUAUACUCUCUCAAGUCAGCCAGCAGGAGUACGCUAACAUAGAUGUCUGGGAUGAGGAAAAGCUCAUCAAUGCAAUCCGAGAAUUUCUAAAGAACAAAAGGUAUUUUGUCAUCAUUGAUGAUAUUUGGAGUAAUCAAGCAUGGAAGAUUAUCAAGUGUGCUUUGUUUCCAAAUGAUGUUGGGAGCAAAAUAAUGACAACAACUCGCAGUAUUACUAUAGCCAAGUCAUGUUGCUCUCCUCAGCAUGAUCAUGUCUAUGAAAUAAUGCCUCUUACUGAAGCCAACUCUAAGAGUUUAUUUUUGAAACGUAUAUUUGGCUCGGGAGAUAUGUGCCCUCCUAAGUUGGAAGAAGUCUCCUCAGAGAUAUUGAAGAAAUGUGGUGGUUCACCCUUGGCGAUUAUUACAGUGGCUAGCUUGCUGGCUAAUAAAGCUAGUACAAAUGAAGAAUGGGAGAGGGUAUAUAACUCAAUCGGUUCGACACUGGAAAAAGAUCCCGGUGUAGAAGAGAUGAGAAAAAUAUUAUCCCUCAGCUAUGAUGAUCUUCCCCAUCAUUUAAAGACAUGUUUACUAUACCUGAGUAUAUUUCCAGAAGACUGUGAGAUUAAGAGGGAUCAAUUGAUAAGGAGGUGGAUUGCUGAAGGAUUUAUUAAUACGGAGGGUGGACAAGAUUUGGAGGAGAUAGGAGAUGGGUAUUUCAGUGACCUUAUCAAUAGAAGUAUGGUUCAGCCAGUGAGAAUUCAAUAUGAUGGUCGAGUUUAUUCAUGCCGAGUCCAUGAUAUGAUUCUUGAUCUUCUUAUAUCCAAGUCAAUUGAAGAAAAUUUUGUUACCUUCUUUGGUGGCCAAAAUCAGGAAUUAGUGCUACAACAUAAGAUUCGUAGACUAUCUCUGAACUGUUAUUCCCAAGAGCACAUCGCAGUUCCAUCAACAGCGAUCAUUUCUCAUUGCCGGUCUCUCAGUGUAUUUGGGUAUGCUGAACAGAUGCCUCCUCUUUCGAAGUUUAGAGUUCUGCGAGUACUUGAUAUAGAAAAUGGUGAGGACAUGGAAAGCAGUUUUAUUGAACAUGUAAGGACUCUUUGUCAGUUGAAGUAUUUGCGGCUCGAUGUCAGAAGCAUUUCUGCAUUCCCAGAGCAAUUAGGAGAACUACAGCAUUUGCAGACUCUGGAUAUAAGAUGGACAAAGAUACGAAAAUUGCCCAAAAGCAUUGUUCAACUGCAAAAUAUGACAUGUUUGCAUGUCAAUAAUCUUGAAUUACCUGAAGGAAUUGGGAAUCUGCAUGCUCUUCAGGAGCUAAGAGAGAUCAAAGUCAAGUGGGACAGUUUGGCAUCUUCUUUGCUGGAAUUGGGCAGCCUGACUAAAUUGAGGAUUCUUGGGCUGCGCUGGUGCAUCAUCGAUACACACGGUAACAAAGAAAUUUUUGUGGAGAACGUGGUCUCAUCGCUCUGUAAACUGGGUAGACUCAACCUUCGGUCUCUAUGCAUUAAGAAAAUGUAUGGUUAUUCCAUAGAAUUCUUGCUGGAUUCUUGGUUCCCAUCCCCUCAUCUCCUCCAGAAAUUUCAGAUGGACGCGUACUAUUUCUUUCCCAGAGUUCCAGUUUGGAUCGCGUCACUUGACAACCUCUCGUACCUAGAUAUCAAUAUUAACCCUGUAGAAGAGGAGGCAUUAGAGAUCCUUGGAGGGUUACCUGCUUUGCUGCUUCUGUGUUUGUCAUCAGAAUCAUCUGCUCAAAAACAAAGACUCGUUAUAAGCAGCAACAUGUUCAUAUGCCUGAAGGAUUUCCGCUUCACCUGCUGGAGCAAUGGCAAAGGACUGAUAUUUGAAGCUGGGGCCAUGCCGAGUCUUGAGAAGCUGGAGGUUCCAUUAGACGCAGGCAAGGAUCUUGAUUUUGGCAUCCAGCACCUCUCUUCCCUUAUGCAUGUUACCGUGAAGAUCAUUUGCGGUGGUGCCACGGUUCGGGAGGUGGAAGCAUCGGAGGACGCCAUCAGGAGCGCAGUUACUCUCCUUCCGAACCACCCCACACUGGAAAUCCGAAUAUGGGGUGAUGAAAAUAUGGUGGAGGAGGACCAAGGGAAGGCUGAAGAGGAGAUCCAGACAAGCACACAACUCAUCUGAC